UAAGCUGAUAAACAGCAUCAAGCACAUUCCGCUUUCCAAGAACAUUUUCAUUCACUUCAAUAUUUAAUAGACUAUAAUUGUUUUAUUUUAUUGUGCGCGAUGCACACUCAGUUGUAACUUGAGUUACGGGCGAAGCGACAUACAAACAGUACUCCUUGAGGUGGAACGACCGUGCUUUUGUUUCGAGAUUAAACACGUUAUUAGAUCUCGGACAUGUGAACGAUUCACAAUGGCUCUAUCCUCAAAUUGUUGGAAAUAUCUUGUGCUAACAUUCAACGUUUUAUUCGCGAUGUCAGCGAUAGUACUUUUCGGCGCUAGUGGGUUUCUGUUAUACCGUUUAUUUGUAUACCGGCAUUUCAUUGGUGUAAAUGUGGAGUAUCCAGCAAUACUUCUGCUAAUGAUGGCUAUCAUUACAUGCUCGAUUGCAUGGAUUGGGUGGAGGACAGCAAAAUCUAUGCACCAAAUACACGUAAUAAUGGCUGGCAUAUUAAUUUUGCUAGUGGUGGUUAUAGAAUUUGUUUGUUUUGUAUGGGCAAUGGUGGUAUGGGACAACAUUGAAAUUGACAUUAAAACUACGAUGACUGCAUAUUUCCUAGAAACUAGUACAAAAGAAACAAAUCCGGACUCAAUACGAUGGGAUAGACUUCACGUAAAGUUCGAAUGCUGUGGCGUCAGCGGUCCCGCAGACUACAGUUCUACGGGGCACGUGCCGUUCUCCUGCUGCGGCCAGGGUCCCCUGGACUCAAUACAGAAGCCAUACACUGCGGAUUGUACCACGGUGUACCAGCGCGGCUGCGGCAACUUGCUUCACGUGUAUGCAAAGGAGCAACUGCUUUUUGUCGCCAUGGUUGCGCUUAUUGCGUCUGUUAUUCAGAGUACCGGAAUUUUCUGCACGUUUUUCCUCGCUCAUGCUAUCAAGGAGAAACGCCGUGCGUCCAUACGAACCUCUACUAUAGCCCGAGAGUCUACUUUCGCUGCACCAGAUGACUCCCUAUUAGCAUCUCCCACCGCGCCUGCACCGACCUUGCCAAAAUAUUAACGUGCAUUCUAUAAUCUAUGAAUUGUUGAGAAAAAUCGCUAAAUGAGAGCGACGUGUAUGGACCAAAAAUCCCAAACGAGGCUGAAAAUUAACCAUAUCUUUGUCCCAAUGUCCCAUGGAUAAGUCUGAAUUAUUAAAUAUUGUCCUGUUUUAGUCAGACGCAUUUUUCAUGAUUUCUACUUAUAAUUUUCUACUAUCACAUCUUUCGUCUUUUUCCUCGGGAAUCCGUCAAGACUUUCAGACCUUCGAGCAAGUGUGGGAGUACCUACAUCAAAAUCUUUCAAAAUUAA